GUUCGGAUUAAACGAGCUGUGCUGGCCAAGCGGCUCAAGUGGCUCAAAACAAAGAAAUGCAUCCUUGAAGAAACAGAAGCUGCAGACUUGCUUUGUUUUUCAGAUCUUUCCAAGUUGCCACCAAGACGUGAAGCGAGGCAGGACAAAGUGAGGCAGGAGCAGCCGCCGAGCGGACGCCCCUAGCAGCGGGCGCCGCCUGCCCUCGACCAUGAGCCGGCUGAUGCUGGGCCGCACCCUGGAGCGGAUCUGCAAGGCUGUUCUUCUCCUUUGCCUCAUCCACUUUCUCAUCAUGAUGAUCCUCUACUUUGACGUGUACAGCCAGCGCUUCGACAUCUUCAGCCGCUUCAACAACGGCCGCGGGGCCAACGCCUCACGCUGGCCCCACCACUCGUACUACAACUACUCCAGCGCCAGGCCUAACACUACAUUCACGAGCUACGUGCCUGCUUCUGACCAGCUGCCACCCAGCACCAAUCCUGAGACCAACCACACCAGGCCAACACCCAAACCUAUUCCUCCCUGCCCAGAGGUGCCACCUGGAUUAGUGGGACGCCUCCUGAUCGAGUUCAGCUCUCAGAUGAGCAUGGAGAGGGUGCAGAGGGAGAACCCCAACGUCACCGAGGGCGGGAAGUACACGCCGUCGGACUGCCGGCCCAAGCAGAGAGUGGCCAUCAUCAUCCCCUUCCGUCACAGAGAGCACCACCUGAAAUACUGGCUGCACUACCUGCACCCCAUACUACGGCGGCAGAAGAUCGACUAUGGCAUCUACAUCAUCAAUCAGCUCGGAGAAGAUACCUUCAACCGAGCCAAACUGCUGAACGUAGGCUACACCGAGGCUCUCAAGGACGCAGAGUAUGACUGCUUCAUCUUUAGCGACGUGGACCUGAUCCCUAUGGACGACCGAAACCUGUACCACUGCUACGACCAGCCGCGCCACUUCGCUAUCGCCAUGGACAAGUUUGGCUUCAGGUUACCAUACGCAGGGUAUUUCGGAGGGGUCUCUGGCUUAAGCAAAAAGCAGUUCCUAAAAAUUAACGGCUUCCCUAACGAGUACUGGGGUUGGGGUGGAGAAGACGAUGACAUCUACAACAGAAUUACCCUGAACGGGAUGAAGGUGUCUCGGCCAGAUGUGAGGAUCGGACGCUACAGGAUGAUUAAACACGAGAGAGACAAGCACAACGAGCCCAAUCCUCAGAGGUUUAACAAAAUCCAGAACACAAAGAACACCAUGAGAAAGGACGGUAUCAGCUCACUGACAUAUCGCCUGGUAUCCAUGAAGAAGUACCCACUCUACACUAACAUCUCGGUGGAGAUCGGCAAAGCCCCUCCCAGACCGAUCAGAGGGUAACCAGACAACGGGCAGUUUUCUGGAUUUCAACAAGUACACACUGCAUGUGGCUGUGUGACUCUAACUGCAGCACUGGUAUGCUGAACAGGUUAGUUCUCAGGAAUACGGCGGACUGACGUGGAUUUGUAGGCACUAGUCCACGCGCUGAUUUAGAUUUGUCUGCAGAUACUGUGUGUGAUGGAGCAGAGCAGCACGUUUGGGUUAACGGGGAAUGAGUAUAAAGCAUGGCGAACCGUGGCUAUGCUCUUGGGUAAUGCUCAAAUAGACAUGCUGGUUGAACCUGGAAUGAGAUAAAUGAAUCUGUACGUCUCUAAUAAAAGGGACAGAGGAAUAGACUGUUGACUUGAUGUAAAUGAAUGUUUUUUUGUACCU